AUGCUGAAGGAGCGCAUUCAAGCAAGUGUAAAAAACAAAGCUUGGUCAAGGUGCUGCUUCAGGAGUAAUCACAAUUUAGCAAUUCGUAACUAUGUUCUCGAGAACGCCGCUAUUUCUGGUUCUACAGUUUUCCAAGGAACUUUAUAUGAACAUUUAGUUGUUCGGGAAUUAAGUGAAAAGUUGGCCAUGGAAAAGCUCGUGGUUUGUGGUGGUUCUUAUGAUGCGGGCAUUGAUAUACGUGGGAAAUGGCCACUGGAAAAGAUUUAUAAUGUUUGCAAGCGGAAGUUCGAGCUUGAUGAUAACGCUGCCAAGAAAGUUACAGUGGCAGGGGCCAGUUUCAAGCCUAUUGUACAUAAAUUAGAGGGCCAAAAACCGUUCAAGCCCUUGAAUGUGCUUGUUCAGUGCAAAGCGUUUACGAGCGCCAAGAUUACGGGGAAAGAAGUGCGCGAGACAAUGGGCGCCUUCUCUUCUGCAGUCCCCAGCGCCAAGAAGAACCAAUACAUGUUGGUUUUGAGUUCACCCAACUUCUUAACCCGAGACGGGCUGAAUGUGAUGAAUGGUCUGGCAAUUCCGUUGGUCUACGUCAGGGUCGAAUUGCUAAAGUCUCACCAGGGUUGGUACGACAUAGAGAACUCCGGAAAGUUGCAGAACUAUUACGAAAACGAGUACGCCUCAAAGCUUUUGCGGGGCUGUGGAGUCAUGCAAUGGCUCAAGUUCAGGGAAUACAAGCAGGUUAAGAGCAGCACAGCGUGA